GUACGAGUUUUAAAACAUACAAGACUACAUUAAACUAACAUUGUAAACGUGUGUAGUUAAUAAGCUCGUGUGUUUUACUUUAAAGUAAGGUUUACUUACUUUUUCUUUCUUACCUUGGAGGAGUUUUUCACACUUUUGAGGGUCUUGGUGAAGGAUGGUUGAUAUGCGGCCUAGCGGUGGAGUAGCGGGACACCUCGGGCUCGCCUCGCUUUUUCCGCCGGGUCUACAGGCGAUCUAUUCGGAAUGCCGGCGCUUGUAUCCCGAUCAACCCAACCCCCUCCAGGUCACCGCCAUCGUCAAGUACUGGUUAUGUGGCCCGGAUCCUCUAGACUACAUCAGCAUGUACAGAAAUAUGGGCUGUGCUGCUCUGGAUGUUCAAGAACACUGGCAUUAUGUGAGUCUGGGCCUCAGUGACCUGUAUGGAGACAACCGAGUUCAUGAAUUUACUGGUCAGGAAGGUCCAAGUGGAUUUGGCUUUGAGCUCACAUUACGGCUGAAGAGAGAGCCUGGAGAGACAGCACCCCCCACCUGGCCAGCCGAGCUUAUGCAAGGUUUGGCCCGGUAUGUCUUUCAAUCAGAAAACACAUUCUGCAGUGGCGAUCACAUCUCAUGGCACAGUCCACUGGACAACAGUGAGUCCCGAAUCCAGCACAUGCUGCUCACAGAGGACCCCCAGAUGCAGCCUGUCCAAACUCCAUUUGGACAUGUAAACUUUCUUCAGAUUGUAGGUGUGUGUACAGAGGAGCUGCAGGCAGCACAGCAGUGGAACGGUCAAGGCAUUCUGGAUUUACUGCGUGGUGUGCGUGUUGCUGGAGGUCCAUGGUUAAUCACUGACAUGAGAAGAGGGGAGACCAUAUUUGACAUUGAUCCUCACUUACAACAGGAAAGAGUGGAUAAAGGCAUCGAGACGGACGGCUCCAACUUGAGUGGCGUCAGUGCCAAGUGUGCAUGGGAUGAUCUGAGUCGACCCCCAGAGGACGAGGAUGAUAGCCGCAGCAUCUGUAUUGGAUCACAACCUCGCCGACUGUCUGACAAAGAUACUGAACAGAUCAGAGAAGCUCUCAGAAUAGGACUGGAAAUCAACAGCAAGUCUGUAUUACCCCCCAUUAAUAGCCAGAAGCACAAUCAAGACCGAUCACUACAAUCAGUUGGACAUUUGCAGAGCAAGCAGAACUCAAGAAGCCGUAAAGACAGUUUGGAGAGCGAGAGCUCAUCUGCUAUAGUUCCUCAUGAGCUGGUGAGGACACGUCAGCUGGAGAGCGUUCACCUCAAGUUUAAUCAGGAGUCUGGAACUCUUCUCUCACUGUGCCUCAGAGGUCGCCUGCUUCAUGGGAGGCACUUCACGUUUAAAAGUAUAAAUGGUGACACAGCAAUCACUUUUGUAUCCACUGGAGUGGAAGGUGCCUUUGCAACAGAGGAGCAUCCGUACGCUGCACAUGGACCAUGGCUACAGAUUCUGCUCACUGAGGAGUUUGUUGAGCAGAUGCUAGGUGAUAUUCAGGAUCUGAGUAUUCGUGAAGAGUCCAAGCUACCAAAGGAGUACAGCUGGCCUGAUAAGAAGCUGAAGAUAUCUGUCCUGCCUGAUACUGUGUUUGACAGCCCACUGCAAUAAGACAGAGAAGCAGUGCCUUCCCCCAUGUCUCUAGAAAAAGUGUUGAGCUGUAAGUGCUCCAGAGAGACUCAUGUGCCUACACACAUUUGGAAGAAAUGGACACAGAUGCCUUUCUUCCUCUUAGCCAUUCGCACAACACACUGAACAUGUCUUUUUCCUUCACUUAUGAAGCCUGUGAUACAUCAUUUCACUUUCAAUUUCCUUGUUAAAUAUGCUUGUUCCAAUAGACUGGCUCUUUAUUUGCAGACCCUUUAUACACAUGUGCCCAUAGCCUACAUGUAGAGGACAAUCGAAUAUUCCACAUGGUUACGCUGCUAAAAGACUUUUCAUGCAGCUGGCUGUGGUGUGCAUUAACUCUGAGGAGUAUUUGCAUCAGGUUAAAGAAUGACUUGCCAAUAUUAAAAUAACUCUUCUUUUGUGUUAAAGGACUGAGUUGAAAGCUUUUGUAUAUUUUUUGUUUUAAAUUUUUUUAUAAAGCUUUGAUAGGGCCACUACAUACAGUGUAUAUUCUGUAUUUGUUAGGCAUAUUUACCCCUCUUGAUUUUCUAUAUUUUUGCAUAUUUGUCACACUAAAAACGCAAUGUAAUAAAAGAAAAAUGGAACAUAGAAGAAUUUUUAAGCAUUAAUUUCAAGAGGGCUUCUUGUUGCAUAUUCCAAUUGAGCUUAGGCUUCAAUUCAUGGACUGUUGCCCUUACAUUGUCCUUCAGAAUUUUCUGGUAUAGACCAGAAUUCAUGGAUUCAUCGCUUAUGGCAAAUUAUCCACACAAUCACACUACCACUUAACACCAGUUGCAACUGGACCCAGCCCACAAAACAUCAAGCUCAGUAAGGUGUUUUUUGGCAGAUGUGAGGUCACAGAUGUUCACCUGGGUUCUUAUGCUAUUUCCUGAAUCAUAGAUUGCUCUUAAUUGAACCUAGCCAUCAAUAAAAUUAGGUUUAUUGGUUGAUUAAGUUAGUGGGCAGUUACUUUUUUUUUUUACAAAAGGCCAAGUUAAGUGUACUUAUUGUCUUUGUCUCAGUUUUACUUUAAAGAUCUGAAACAUUUCAGUAUGACAAAUGUGCAAUAAUAAAAGAAAUUAGGAUUGUCUGUGAAAAAAAAAAUCUGUGUUUAUUCGGAAUACUACACAGGCGAGUCAGCUAGGUAAGUGUGCUAAAGAAAUUGCUGUUAUAGUAAUUUAACAUAGAAAAUUGGCUUAUCAAUUGUCUAAACAUCUUUGGUAAGUACAGCUACAGCAUUCACCCCGCCAAGACUUAUAUAAACCAAUUAGACUGUUGAAGUGUUUGGAUGUGUAUUGACACUGAGGUAUUUAAACACCCCAGCAGCGCUGUUGCCCCUGAUACACUCAAGCCUAAACAACACACUGUGUAUAAAUAAUAAUGAUAAUCUAAUGUCGACGCACAGAGUCAGCCAUUAUAUGGCGCCCCUUGAAUUCAUAGGGUUAAUGGCCUUGUUCAAGCUGGGAUUUGAACCUACAACCUUCUAUCCAAAGCUUUACCCACUAGGCUCCUGCUCUAGGUAUAUGUGUACACACAAUCAGUAUGAGUUAAUAGUCAAAGCCAAUUUGGAGAAAAGAAACACAAAGAAGGAGUUUUUUUUGUCCAGCACAAAUGCUAAAGUAAAUAAAAACUAGCCCACACACAAUCUGCUUAUCCUGGAAUGCAUGGGCUAAUUCUUCGUUCACCCUGCUGUAAAAGGUGGUGUAGCACAUUUUAAGCCUUUACAAGUAUCUUCCAAAUCAUUGAUGAUGAUUUUGCUUUUUCUGUGCCACAAAACAAUCCUGACUUUAAUCUUUAAAAUGUUCCCUUUACAAGGAAAAUACUUUCUUGAAUAGAUAACGAUGUUUUACUUCUUAGAGACAGUCUGUGUAUAAAAUGUUUGAAUAUGCCAAAGGUGUAAUUCUGACUAAGAGAACUGAUUUCUGUGUUAGAGAAUUUACUGGUUUGUCCUGUCAGUCAUUGUUUUACUGUCUGCUUAUUACUUAGAGGAAGAGAUGAAACGCUUGUUAAUAAAAAGCAGUGUAAGAAAUCACGUGUUUUGCAAGAACAGAUUAUAGCUGCUGGUCUGUGUUGUGUGAAAAUAGACAGCCAAAUGUUACCAGCAGCACUCACAAAUUUGCUUUUCAUGAAGGAAAGCACACUAAUGAGUCAAACUGUAAUUAUCCAUGCCCUGAUAUUUCAUUGUAAAGCGAACGGCAUGGGUUUGCUUAAGAAACACUAAAUUGUAAUGAACAUCUAUGCCAAAGUCAGUAUUUAACCUGCAUGGUCAGGUUUUGGAUGUGGGAUGUCUACAGCCCAAAUGUAUUUUCAUGUCAUGACACUCAAACAUUGAUUUUCUUCCAUCAUUUAAGUGUAAUGGUUAACGUUUGAACACAUUCCUGUUUCACACUGUUUUGUGGCUGUAUCCGAAACAUGUUUGGGGAGAGCAAUAGGCCUUAAUAAUGUGUUAACUUUUUAGAUACACAUGCUCAAUCGAAAGUUCAAUCAGUUUUUACAAGAUGUGUUUAAAAUAUUGUCUUUUUAUUUGUAUAAUGUCUUUGUAUAAUGAAACUAUCUGUUUUUGUUACCUUUAAGUGCAUUAAAGUUUAUUCACGUG